AUGUCCUCCCUCUGGUUUUGGUUCUCCCAUGUUAAGCCUGUCACUACCAGCAAUCCAGUUGCUACUGAAGAAGCUGCAUCUCAGAGCAGCGCCAAGCAAGCAGAUGGGGCUGCCGCUGAUGCCACAGAAAGCCCAGGCGGACUCUCCCUCACAGAAGGCUCAGCUGGAGGCCUGGGUCGCCACCUUGGUGUCUUCUCCUGUACUCUCCUCAUCGUAGGACGUAUCAUCGGUACAGGCAUCUUCUCUACUCCCUCUUCCAUUCUCUCCAGUACUGGCUCUGUCGGUGCAUCCCUUCUCCUCUGGGUGCUCGGAUUCAUCCUAUCCUUCUGCGGCCUAUUUAUAUGGCUCGAAUUCGGUACCAUGUUCCCAAAAAGUGGUGGGGAAAAGGUGUACCUGGAAGCAGUCUAUACCAGACCGAAAUAUUUGGUUACUGUUAUCUUUGCAGCGAAUGCAAUCUUACUUGGGUUCACUGCAAGCGGUUGCAUCAUAUGCACGCUCAUCUUUCAUGUCCUCCCUAGCAUCCUCGUCGCAGCAGGCAAGACAGCCACGACGUGGUCAGAGCGUGGUAUCGCUCUUGGAGUCAUCUUCUUCGUUACCACCCUGCAUGGCCUCACACCCCAGACAGGCGUGCGUGUCAUGAAUAUCCUUACAGCCUUCAAAGUCGCCAUCCUUGUCUUUAUUGUUGUGUCAGGCUGGGUAGUCUUAUCCGGCAAAACGGACGUUGAAGACCCACGUGCUAACUUCCGCAGUGCUGUUUUACAGUAUGCAACAGCCAUGUUCAAAGUCCUCAAUGCUUAUGCUGGCUGGUCCAAUGUCAACUACGUCCUCAACAACGUCUGUGACCCCGUUCGAACACUCAAAAUCGCCGGUCCGCUCGGUUUAGGCAUUUGCACGGUGUUGUAUAUCUUUGCAAAUCUGGCGUACUUCGCUGCGGCAACCAAGACCGAAAUUGAAGACUCGGGCGUCACAGUAGCAGCGCUAUUUUUUAAGAACGUGUUUGGGACGAAAGCCGAAAAGGCACUCUCGGUCUUCGUUGCAUUGAGUGCACUGGGAAAUGUGAUUACUGUGACCUUUGCAGCUGCACGCGUAAAUCAAGAACUUGCUAAAGAAGGUAUCCCUCUACCCCUUGGCAACAGAUUCUGGGCGUCCAAUUGGCCAACGGGGAAAUCUCCCCUGCCAGGAUUGAUUGUACAUUUGAUUCCUUCGGUCAUUGUAAUCCUCGCACCUCCAAUGUCCGUAGCAUACCCGUUUAUAUUAGACGUUGAAGGAUACCCUAUGCAGAUUAUCAAUUUUUUCAUUGUACUUGGCCUCUUCUAUCUGCGCUGGAAAAAGCCAGAUUUGGAAAGACCAUUCAAAAGUCAAUGGCACACAAAAUCAACAGUAUGGUGGCCUCUUGCAGUGUUUUAUCUCGCUGCAGCAGCAUUUCUGAUGAUCGCCCCCUUCUUACCACCUACAAACGGCGUUGGAGAUACCCCUCCUCUUCCAUACUACUUGUACUGCCUUGUCGGCAUUGGAGUCCUCUUGUCUGGAGUGGUAUACUGGGCAGGCUGGCGCGUCCUCUUGCCUCGCAUGUUUGGAUAUGAACUUGUUCCGAGGAAGGAGGUCUUGGAGGAUGGGACAUUCGUCACUGUGGUGUCAGGGGCUUUCCAAGUGGUCCUCGAUGACGGGCAUAAAUAUUCGCCCACAAUGACGCUGCGGUUAUAA